GUUUAUUCGUCUUAUCUGAACUCAAUGUUGGGGCGGAAACAAAAACAUUAAUUUGUUCCAAAAUCCAACGUUUAAUGAAUUAUGAAUGAGGACGGUGCUAUAUGGAAGCUUUGAUUUCCCUCCUGCAUUGGCUGGCUUGCGCUCUUGAUUGACCAAUCAGGAUAUUGUUGCUAGGCCUCUUUCUUGUAUUGGUUGGUUAUCUUGUAUGCCAUUCAAACUGGAGGCGGUCUGCUGAGCCAAUGCGCCACCAUUCUGACUUUAAUGAGGGCAGAGGCGGUGCGACUGAAACAGUUGUCCAUCCUGAGUCCAUCCUGGACUGAAUUCCCGCGGUCCUCCCGUGCUGCCUCACCUGCUACUGUUGCCAUGACGCGGUCUAAGACCUUUCAGGCCUACUUACCAAACUGCCAUCGCACAUACAGCUGUAUCCACUGCAGGGCUCAUUUAGCCAACCACGACGAACUAAUUUCCAAGUCUUUUCAAGGUAGUCAAGGAAGAGCCUAUCUGUUCAACUCAGUGGUAAAUAUUGGUUGUGGGCCAGCAGAGGAGAGGGUGCUGCUGACAGGUCUCCAUGCUGUGGCUGACAUCUAUUGUGAAAAUUGCAAAACCACACUGGGUUGGAAAUAUCGCGUACCUCCAGCUCUCCAGGCUCUUCUCCACCUGCUCCCUACUCUCACCACAAAUUACAAUAUCAUCUGCAAACACAAGGUCAGACUCCUGUCUGACCUUGUUCGUCAACCUGUCCAUCACCACUGCAAACAGAAAAGGGUUCAAAGCCGAUCCUUGAUGCAGUCCCACCGCCACCUUAAACAGUCUGUCGUUCCUUCUGCACACUUCACUGCUGUCACACUGUCCUCAUACAUUUGUACAUUAUAGAAAUAGUUAACAGAAAUAAAAUAUUUAUAUACAUAUAAAAGAAUGUUAAUACAUUUAUUGCAUAUGCUGCAUGAUAUUCAAUGCAUGCUAUUUGUUUUUUUCCUCCCAUUUGUGUCCUAUCUCUGUUGGGAUAUUAAUAUAGAGUCUGAUUUUGUCACUGUCACCAGUAUUAUUCUUCACCAGAGCUACAGUAUAUAUUAAAUGUCUAAUUUGUCCAGUUUAUGGCCAAGUCUAAUAUAAGCUUCUCUUUACAGAUUACACAAUCUUUUUUCAAGGUGUUAUGCUAAUUUAAAUCUGUACAGUUUAAUGUUGCUUAUCAGCAACCCAUUAUUUUAUUAUGGCUUUAUUUAUUAAAGGCAUAGUGCAGCCAGAUGACUUGAUGAUCUCUCUCUCUUUUCCUCAUUAGGAACAUGCCUUUGAGAGCAGUCAGAAGUACAAAGAGGGCAAGUUCAUCAUUGAACUUGCUCACAUGAUCAAGGACAAUGGGUGGGAAUGACACCCACACCAUUUCAGUGGAUUGAUGACAUGAAUGAAUAGCUUGCUCCUGGAAAUUAGCCCACGUUACGUACAUCUUGAGGAUGUGAUAUAUAUAUAUAUAUAUAUAUAUAUAUAUAUAUAUAUAUAUAUAUAUAUAUAUAUAUAUAUAUAUAAAAUCGGUGCUGUACCUCUUCUUUGUGCACGUGUGUGUUUGUCAGCAUCACACUGCGGAUUUGCAUUUUAACAGUGUUAAUUGCAAAUUAAGUUGAUUGAAAGUUGAUUGAGAAAAUGCAGUGCAUAAAUAUAGCACUAAUUCAUAAAGACAAAACAAAGUGAAAACAGGUAGCUUUCAGAGACUAAACUUCAGUCCCAUUUGCAGGCUUCCCAAAUGGCUGGACCAACAGAGAUAAAUGUAGUGCAGCACCUUACAAUAGUGAUUGCUGGUCAUUUUACUUAAGACAAGUAGACACUUCAAACCGACUAUCAGUAGAACACUUGCUUUUUCUAGUUCCCUUUUGUUUAAUGGUUUACACAUAAUUUAUUUAUACUCAUAUUUAUUGAUCUUAAAUUGAUUAUUUGGUUCAGGGACAAUUAUUCUCAUUUUGAUCCUGUAGCAGCCCUUAGAUUUUUUUAGUAGUAGUCUUUUUUUUUUAAUGUUGUUUCUCUUCCAAAUGUUUAACCUUUUUUUCAUGUAUGUGGUGAUUGUCAUAUACAGUCAUGUGUAAAUAAAAGUACACCCUUUUUGUA